CUGUGCAGUGGGUCACUUACUGAAAUUCUCGUCAUCUACCCUGAACUUAUUCGCUACUCUUCAAAAUGUUUAGUGGGGAAUAUGUCCAAGGAACCAUCUUCCCAGCUCCCAACUUCAACCCCGUAAUGGAUGCACAAAUGCUAGGUGGAGCACUCCAGGGAUUCGACUGUGACAAAGACAUGCUGAUCAGCAUCCUAACGCAGCGCAGCAAUGCACAGAGGCAGAUGAUUGCAGGAGCCUACCAGAGCAUGUAUGGCCGGGACCUGAUCGCAGAUCUGAAGGAGCAGCUUUCAUCUCAUUUCAAAGAAGUUAUGGUGGGCCUCAUGUACCCACCACCAUCUUACGAUGCUCAUGAACUCUGGCAUGCCAUGAAGGGAGCAGGUACUGAUGAGAAUUGCCUUAUUGAUAUAUUAGCUUCAAGAACAAAUGGAGAAAUUUUCCAGAUGCGAGAAGCCUACAGUUUGCAAUACAGCAGUAACCUUCAAGAGGACAUUUAUUCUGAUACCUCAGGACACUUCAGAGAUACUCUCAUGAACUUGGUCCAGGGGACCAGGGAGGAAGGAUAUGCAGACCCAGCGAUGGCUGCUCAGGAUGCCAUGGUCCUGUGGGAAGCCUGUCAGCAGAAGACUGGGGAACACAAAACCAUGCUCCAGAUGGUCCUGUGCAACAAGAGCUACUCUCAGCUGUGGCUAGUUUUCCAGGAAUUUCAAAAUAUUUCUGGGCAAGACCUGGUAGAUGCUAUCAACGACUGUUAUGACGGUUACUUUCAGGAGCUGCUGGUUGCAAUUAUUCGCUGUGUCCAGGACAAAGCAAGUUAUUUUGCUUAUAGACUAUACAGCGCAAUUCAUGAUAUUGGCUUCCAUAAUAAAACUGUGAUCAGGAUUCUAAUCUCCAGAAGUGAAAUAGAUCUGAUGACCAUAAGGAAACGCUACAAAGAGAGAUACGGAAAAUCCUUAUUUCAUGAUAUCAAACAUUUUGCUUCAGGGCACUAUGAAAAAGCACUGCUUGCCAUCUGUGCUGGCGACGUGGAGGACUACUGAAGUAAAUCGAGAAAGAAGGAUUUGGAGGUCCAUGCACUCU